UCCUCAGAAAAGACAAAUAAAAAUAAUGAAUAGUGCUGAGGGUAAUUCUUUAGUUUUAUACCCUAUUUUUCAUGAAAGUGGAAGGAGGAUGACAGAUUUUGAUUUGAAAAUUUGAGAGCUUUCUUUGGCCAAUGUGAGGUUUUGAUUGAUGGGCACAACCUCUCACCUCCAAAAACCCAACAUUGGUUUUGGUAUUGGACUAUUGGGCAUCUUCCAAAAUCUUGAAAAGAGUGUCAGAUAUUACUGUAAGGGGAAGAUGAAAAAAGCCUCGGGCUUUGCUGAUAGAGAAAGAAGAUGCCCAUUUUCAUUUGAUAGAUGCAAUUGUGCAGUAGUUAUUAGAUAUCUUUGGAAUGUCAGGCAAGGCAAUAUAGGCUACAUCAAUAGGGUUGUCAGUCUUCAUCCGACUCUUUAUUGCUAUAGGCCUGGAAAGGCCUUCUGCUUUUAGCCCCUGUGUGUUUCAAAGGCCUGAGAUGGGUUCUUGCUGUUACAUCCUCGAUUCUCUGAAGGAAUUUAAGGCCAUUACAGCUAUGCUGUACCUUUUGGUUAGCCUUGGCUUUGAAUUUCUCCUCUGGGAAUCAUUUCAUAAAAGGCCCAGGCUUUUCUGUCAAGGUGGUCUUCUUUGUCAUUCCAGUGUCUCUGCAGCAAUCUGCAUGUGAAGAACAAGUGAAACAGUGGUGUGGUUAAUGGUUGAAUAGAGAAGGACAGAGGAGACUCAAUGGCAGCAUCAACUUCUUGUGCCAGUAAGAGCCCAUUUCCCAUGAAAGACACAACCUCUAACUUAAUUCCAUACCCAGCACCUCUAGCUAAAUAUGAGGAGGUUGCAGCGAAUCCUAAGCUGUUCAUGUCUACUUUGGAAAAGCUCCAUACUUCAAUGGGAACCAAGUUUAUGAUCCCUAUAAUAGGAGGAAGAGAGUUAGACUUGCAUCGACUGUUUGUGGAGGUAACUUCCCGUGGUGGUAUGGCAAAGAUUGUUAGAGAUAGAAGAUGGAAGGAAGUUACCGCUAUAUUCAACUUCCCCUCCACAGCUACAAAUGCUUCUUUUGUGCUGCGGAAAUAUUAUAAUUCGUUGCUUCUCCACUAUGAACAAAUAUACUAUUUCAAAGCUCAAGCAUGGAAUCCUCUCUCUUCUGAUAUUUCACAGAACCAUAACAUGACACCUGGUCCAGCUCCAAGGGGAGGAACUAAACGAAAAUCAACUGAAGCUCAGACCCUUCUGCUUCAGCAACCACAGAUAAUUCCAGAGAUUCCUGGAGCCGGGACACCAGCACCGUCAGAAGAUGACACUGUGUUUGGGUUUAUAGAUGGGAAAUUCGAAAGCGGAUAUCUUGUUACCGUCACCAAAGGCACAGAGAAGUUAAGUGGAGUACUGUACCAAGUUCCACAGAAUCCAGUACAGGAGGUUCCACAAGGCCCACAGAAUUAUAGCAUGGUGGUCAACAGAAACGACAGUACCUCAGCUGUACCUGUUCCCCAUCGUCGUCGACGAAGAAAGAAAUCUGAGAUAAAAAGGAGGGACCCUGCUCACCCAAAACCGAAUAGAAGUGGGUAUAACUUUUUCUUUGCUGAACAGCAUGCAAGGCUGAAGCCACUUCAUCCGGGGAAGGAUAGAGAGAUAAGUAGAAUGAUUGGUGAAUUGUGGAAUAAAUUGAAGGAGUCUGAUAAAGGAGUGUAUCAGGAGAAAGCCGUGAAAGAUAAAGAAAGGUACCGAGUAGAAAUGGAGGAAUACCGGGAGAGGUUGAAGGCUGCUCAAGUCAUCAGUGAUGCAGUCCCACUACAGCAGCGGUCUCCUGAAGCAGAUGCAAGUAUGGCAGAAUCAGAAACCAAGAUUGAAGAAACCGAGCCUGGCGACUCUCCUGAAACUGCAGAUGAAAGUAGCGAGAGUAGUUCUAGCAAAUCAGAGAAGUGAAUGUAGAGGCAUCUAUAGGAGCCAAGUAUUGUUGUUCUGAAGUUGUAUGCUGAUGAGGGUUUCAUCUCACCACAUUGGAGAGGAUAUCUGGUGGUGAAAAGAAGCCUGAGGUAGUAAUCUUACAGAUACAGAUAAAACCAUUAGCUAAUGAAGAAGGCUAAAUGUUUUCUUUUA